GAGAGGUCAAAGGAAAGAGAGGAACAGAGUAACAGACAGUUAGAAAGGCACAGGAAGAGAUGCUGAACUCUCACUUUUGCCACAUUUUAUAUUGCUACUUUUUAAAAUGAGAUUUGAUAUAGAGACAUAGCACCAAUGUCUGACUGAAAAUCUUCUCUUUGCUAUCUGUGAACUCUCCUGUGUAUAACUAUGAUGAAUCCAGAUUUCGACAAAAACUGCACCAACUUGUACGACCAUCGUCCAGUGGCACGAGUUCUCAUACCUCUGAUCUAUUCCAUCAUAUGUCCAGUGGGACUUUUAGGAAAUGCCCUGGCUCUUCAUGUGGUGAUCUCCAAAAUCACCAAACUUAAUUCAACCACUCUUUAUUCUGCCAACCUGGCUGUGUCCGAUAUCUUAUUCUGCCUGUCGCUUCCCUUACGAGCCGUUUACUACGGCCUUGGUUUCCACUGGCCCAUGGGGGAAGGACUGUGUAAAGCCACAGCACUGCUCUUCUAUGUGAACUGCUACGCAGGGGUUUACUUCAUGACCUGUCUGUCAGUCGAUCGUUUUUUGGCGCUGGUGUUUCCUCUGAGGCUGGUGAAAUUGAGAAAGCCAAGAAAUGCGCGGUUUGUGUGCCUGGCCAUAUGGCUGCUGGUGUUGGCCCAGACAUUGCCUCUCCUGUCCAUUAACUUGACUAAAACGGAGCAUGACAACAGCAUCACCUGUAUGGAAUACCCCAAUUUUGAGAGUGUUUUUUUAAAAGGGCUGCCGUACAUGCUGAUUGUGGCAGUAGUUCUAGGCUUUGGCAUCCCAGUUGUGAUAAUCAUCGCUUGCUAUUCCAUACUGACCCAUAAACUACAUCUUGCAGCAAAGUCAAACCGGCUGACGGAACGUUCUGGAAGGACCAAAAAAGCAAGAGGAGUGAUCGCAGGGGUGGUUUUUGUGUUUGUGGUGUGUUUCAGCCCAUACCAUCUUGACCUCCUGCAAUACAUGAUCCGGAAACUUCACUAUGAACCGGACUGCAUGGAGCUACAGUCCUUCCAGAUAUCCCUGCAUAUUACAGUGUGUCUUAUGAACCUGAAUUCAUGCCUGGAUCCCUUUGUUUACUUCUUUGCGUGUAAAGGCUAUAAGCAGAAGUUGAUGAGGAUGAUGAAGUUGGAGGUUGGCACCCACUUCUCCAGUGUUGGAAGAACCUCGCCUGAAAGUUCAGGCACAGGUGAUGUGCUCAGCACACGCCGCAAAAAAAACAACCAAAUAAAAAUGAACACUAUUAGAGAAGGUCAGUAAAACUGUUACCGACAUUAGGUGAUGAAAAGUCAAAACAAACUCACAUGUGGGGCCAAAAUUGAGGGUUAAAAGCCACAAGACUGAACACCCGAGUAUACCUCAUUUUCCGCAUUCUGCUCAGUCUUGUGCACAGUUGAGCGUACAAGCCUUUCAAAGUAUACUCGUUUGGCCGUGUGCGCAGAAAGACGCAUUUGGCGUGUACGCACUCUCCAGUGGACUUUGUUUUCACGCCCUCAAGUCACUCGCACAUGCGCCGUUGCAUGCGCAUCAUCAAGCACGGUCACAAAAAUUGGGCUGCACGUGGACAGGGUGCAAAUGUGUGCCUCCACAUUUUAAACAGCACACGCUUCAUGAAACAAGUGAACACUAGGCAAGCACUGGCAUCCGAGCUGAGAGAGAGAAAAUAAUCACAGCAAAAAGACUUUUUCAUUUAUAAUUUAAUUGCAUUUAAUUAAAGGCAUAGUUGACCAAAAAUGAAAAUUCUGUCAAUAUUUACUAACCCGUUUUUACUAACUACAUGACUUUCUGUCUUCCAUGGAACAUAAAAUAAGAUAUUUUGAGAAAAGUCUCGCCAGUGUGUGUUUUUUUUGCUAACAUUCUGUUCCAAAAACGACAGAAAGUCAUAUAGGUUUUAAAUGACAUGAGGAUCAUUUUUGGGAGAACUAUCCCUUUAAUGAAGAACAGAUAAUGGUUUACCCAAAAAUACAGCAGUUAAACUAUAUGGAAAAGCUGUUUUUAUUGUGAAAAAGUGAGUGUGGAUGAAUCAACCGAGAUGUCCAAAGCUGAGAGAUGAUGACAGCUGAAACAUGUACUCUGUAGAUUUCUUACGACUUUUAAAAAUUUUUUUAUUUUAUUUUUUUGAUUGACUAGUGCAUAACAUCAUCUUAGCUUAGUGCUGAUAUUAAGAGAUUAUCAGGACAUCAAUCUUUCUUAUCAAGGAAAAGUAAACCACUCUAUGCAAGUCUCGUAUAAAGAAUUGUUUGAAAGCUAGUAGUACAAAGGAAAUAACUUGAAGUAAGAGUGUACUUCACUUUCACAAGAUGUUACUGUUGUACUCAUUUCAACAUGCAUUUCAUUUGUUGAUGAAGUAAAGAAUACUUUCACAACAACACAAUGAGACAAGAAAGUUAAUUCAAAUGACAAUGCCAAAAUGGGAAGUUGAUGUUCUACAGGAAACACAAGAACUGCACUUUCAUAUGCAGAAAUUAACAGUGAUACAUUCUGUGCUUGCAGCACACAGUAAAUGCACAGAACAAUACUGGUGAAACUGCCUAAUAAUUUGUAAAGAGCUAAACAUGGUAUAGAAAGUCAUGUUACUCACAGUCCAGCUGGAAGAACAUCCACCUGAAGUUCAAACAUGAAACGAAGAGCCUCUGACAGCAGCAAGUCCACAAAAGCAGACAGAAUCCAGGCUCCAAAAAGGAAGGACUAAACAUCAAGGUCAAAAAUAUAACAAUGUUUUAGGUGUACAGCAUAAUGGCAUUUUAACAAUAAAAACAGAGUGUGAAGUCAUUAUCAUGUGAAUAGGUGAGCACAUUAAAGGAAAUGUUUGGUAA